AUGAAGUCGGUGCUUGUUUGGGCAGGCUUCGCCAUUACGCAGGUCUUGCUCGCCGCUUCAGCACCUGUUGGUCCUUCUGGGCCGUGUCCAGACGCUUUGGUUGAUGCCAUCCUCCGAGGUGAUAUGGACCCAGCAGCCUGCUGCUCCUACGGCCAAUGCAAAGGAGACGUAGUCGUCUCUGUCGGAUACUAA